AUGGCGCCUCGCCACAGGAACGGCAUGUCGCCCUCCAUCACUUCGUCGCCCGUCAUGGGACCGUUGCCCGAACCGAGAAUCACAACCCGCGGGUCACCGGCGCCGGGCGGCGCGCCUCGACCCAUGUCGGCGCGAGCGCGACGGAAUUCGCUGCAGUCGAAUGCCGACAACGGCAGGGCGCGGGCCGUGUCGUCGGCUUCGUCCAAACCCAACGGAACGGCGGCGGCGGCGGCGGCGGUGACGACGAGCGAACCGUCGUCGGCCACUCCCUUCCCGCCACCCGCCCACGAGACGAGCGCGCCCAAGGCGUCGAGCGCGAAGCCGGAGCCGAUCAAGAGCGAAGGGGGCGGCGGAGAGUUGGAAGGCGAGCCGGCGUCGACUCCGGGAGUCGACGACGCGGGCGGGGGCGACGGCGCGGAGCAGAGCGAAUCCGCGCCGCCGCCGCCGCCGCUGAUCAGCCUGCUGGGAACGGUCAUGACCAAAAGCGGGCGGGCGAGCAAGCCGUCGACCCCGGCGAUACUGGCGGCCCAGGAGGCGGCGCGGCCACGGUCGGUUCGAAACACGGACAACGGCGGCGGCGGCAAGAAGCGCAAGAUCAACUCGGCCACGCAGGCGCUCGCUCCGCCCGGCGACGAAGCCAGCAGGGGCCCAACGCAGGGGGACGACGACGACGACGACGGCGACGGCGACGAGCCGACGUACUGCUACUGCAACAGCGUCAGCUACGGCGAGAUGGUGGCUUGCGAUGCCGACCGAUGCCAGCGCGAAUGGUUCCACCUCGCGUGCGUCGGCCUCAAGGUGGCGCCAGGUUCGAAAAGUGAGUCCGAGCCUCCUCGCUCCGCCCUCUGCUUUGUUUUCUUUCUUUUUUUUUGGACGCUGACGCGAGAGGGUGGCAGCGAAAUGGUACUGCGAGGACUGCAAGAAGCACCUGAAAAUGGGCGACAAGAAGGUGAGCAGCCGGUAAGCGAUGGCGGCCGGCGCCGGGACGGACGGGCCACCAGUCACCAGCCGGCCGUUCCGUUUGGGUGCUGCGGCGGAGCGUGUGUCCCUGAAGGGUUUCAGCAUGGCGUGUUUUGUCUUGUCUUGUUUCUUACUCUCUUAUUCUUUGGCGCAGAGCACGCCGGGUAG